AUGCUCUACAAGAAUCCGCCAUGUAAAAAGUUUCAUCUUAUACGGUUCAAAAGUGAUGAUAUUUUCAAUGAAAAAAGAUUUUUUUACGAGCUAUUUAAAUGCGGCGAAGCGGGUCGUCCCGGUCGAUACGACCAACUAUUGAUCGACCUCGAUCAAUCUGAGGCCGAAUUAGACAAACUCCCCGACGAGACAGAGACGAAGGCCCCCGAAAAUGAUGACGAGCUACCCUCAGACGAGGACCCAGAGGGCGAUAACGCGUCACCCGAGGCACAGACUGCCAGACAACGACGAGCACAGGAGAAAAGAUUGCGAGCUGAGAUCGAGGCGGAAGAACGCGAGCGGAUCGAGGCGGAAGAAAAGGAGCGGGUUGAGAGGGAGAGAAUAGAACGGGAGGAACGCGAACGGUUAGCACGCGAGGCUAAAAAAGAAAAGAGAGAGCAGGAGAGGUUAGCUCGCGAGGCCGAAGCAGAAGCUGAAAAGGGGCUACGCGAACGAUUGCGCCAGGAAAUAAGGGCGCGACUUUUGCGGGAAAAGGAGGAUCAACGAGCUUAUGAACUUCAACUCGACGCGAGCGAAGCACGAAUGAGGUAUGAGGCGGAGCAGCAGAAAAAGGCGGAGCAAGAGGGCCACAUAAACACUCACGGCAACAAUCGUGAUCGCAUUUCGAGUUUGGAGGAUGACCGAAGAAAGGGCAGAGACGGAAACCGCCGGUCAGAACCCCUGGUCGACCUCGUGAGCCCGACCAGAGUAGGCCCCUCGUUCUCAGGAACCCCCAGACAAGACCAUCAACAUCACUCGGUGCUUGGGGAUGAUUCUGCUGAACUCCGCAGGAGGUAUCUGGUUCGAAAGUGGAACGUCGUGUUCAAAGGGGAACGCGACGUUCAAGACUUUUUGGAGCGACUGGAAGAAAUGGCAGACAAUUAUGGGUUCGAGAUGGAUCACCUGCUGCCAUGCAUCCCGAUAUUGUUGCGCGAAAAGGCUCUCCUCUGGUAUCGCAACAACAAGAGAGAUUGGGUCUCUUGGGAAGAUUUUGUGUCGGACCUAAAAUCUUUUUAUCUGCCUCCGGGCCUCGAACUCGAGCUGGAAGAGCAGAUCCGGAACAGCGUCCAGGGAGAAACCGAGUCUGCGGCGGAAUACGCAACCAGACUGCAAACCUUGAUGCGAAGACAUGGCCAGAUGUCAAACUUGGCCCGUCUUACCCGGCUAUAUCAAAACAUGAGACCGGAAUAUCGACGUUACAUGAAGCGCACAGAGUUCGCUAACGUCCCAGGACUUUUACGGCUUGCAAGAGAGUACGAGCAACUCGUUGCUCAAGAGAAACCCCCCGCGGUCAAAGAGACUUAA